AGAGCUGCGGACCGCUACAAACUUCUCCGUACUGACAUCUGCAGGGGCUGCCGGGCUGCACGCUGACCACUGACCACUGGACUAAAAAAAACUUCACAACCGCAACUGAGCCACUAAAAAAUAACCGCUAAGCACUUAAAGUAGGAGAACAUGGGGAAGGAAAGCGCUUUUUUGCUCGUUAUCUGGAUGCUUUUUGCAAGCACCUUCUCCAGCUAUGCAACCACAGCUGAACCGGUAGUUGAGGCAGACACUUUCAGCAACAUCACAGCAAACUCUACAGACUGGAUGGUGGACUUUAGUGACAUUGAAUCCAAGUUUUCGCUAAGAACCAGCGAUGAACCCGAAGAUGACCUGUGCUACAUAGUCCCAGGACAGCGGGAAACUAUUAAAGAGUGCAAUUUCAAUCCGGACAGCAAAACUUUCAUAGUCAUUCAUGGAUGGACGGUCACUGGAAUGUACGAGAGCUGGGUUCCUAAGCUGGUGACGGCGUUGUAUGAACGUGAACCAACAGCCAAUGUCAUUGUGGUAGACUGGCUCGUCCGGGCCCAGCAACACUAUCCAACCUCAGCUGCCUACACCAAACUGGUGGGCAAAGAUGUGGCCAAGUUCGUCAACUGGUUACAGGCUGAACUUGAGUACCCAUGGGAGAAGCUCCAUAUCCUGGGCUACAGUCUUGGUGCUCACGUAGCUGGGAUUGCAGGACUCCUCAUGAGAAACAAAGUCAACAGGAUCACAGGUUUAGAUCCAGCCGGCCCAACCUUUGAAUAUGCAGAUGCCCAAAGCACGCUUUCCCCUGACGAUGCCCUGUUUGUGGACGUGCUUCACACCAACACGCGUGGCUCUCCCGACCGCAGCAUCGGCAUCCAGAGACCUGUGGGGCAUGUGGACAUCUACCCCAACGGAGGAACUUUCCAGCCUGGGUGUGAUCUGCAGAACACCAUGAUGAUGGUGGCUACCACUGGCUUGAGAAACAUGGACCAGAUUGUGAAGUGUUCCCAUGAGCGCUCCAUCCAUCUUUUUAUUGACUCGUUAAUCAACAUGGAGCAGCAAAGCAUGGCCUACCGCUGCAGCUCCAAGGAAACCUUCAACAAGGGGGUGUGCCUCAGCUGCCGGAAGAACCGCUGCAACAAGGUGGGCUACGACGUGACCAAAGUGCGCAGCCGCAGGAGCAGCAAGAUGUACAUGAAGACCAGAGACAUGAUGCCAUACAAAGUUUACCACUACCAAGUAAAGGUCCACUUCUUCAGCCAGAGCAAGAUAAGCUACACUGACCAGCCCAUGAAGAUUUCCCUGUACGGCUAUGCUGGAGAGAAAGAAAACAUUCCCUAUGUUAUGCCUACUAUGAACACCAACACCACUGUGUCGUUCUUGCUGACCACGGAUGUGGACAUUGGAGAGCUGAUGAUUGUGAAGCUGGUUUGGGAGAAGGAUACAAUCAUCAGCUGGCCUUGGUGGAAUCCCGACACCUUCCAUAUCCGCAAACUACGCGUCAAAUCCGGAGAGAGACAGUCCAAAGUGAUCUUCAUUGCUAAAGAAGGUGAGUUUUCCUACCUUGCCCGUGGAGGGGAUGCUGCUGUGUUUGUGAAAGACAAGGAAGCCCAGUCGAGCCAGAAAAAUGAAAGGUUGCAGAAGCUGAAGAUGCGUGGCAGUUCCUUCAAGAAGAGCACAGAAUAGAGCGGCACUUGCAGAGUCACCCUUUUGCCAGAGCCCGAGACGAGCCUGCUGGGAACUGGACUGGUAGAGACUGCGCGGUUUCUGUAUGUUCCGAUUCCAAGCCUGUCAUUGAAUAGUAGCAAUUAACACAAAAGAUCCUCAUCCAUAAGCACAUCCUGCAAGGAACUGUACUCUUUUAACUUUUAACUGCUGAGCAGUUUUCAAAUCGAAAAGCCACGUCUAAUACCGCUCAGUAUUUUUUUUUCCUUUCCUCAAAAAAUGUGAUAAUCAAAGGUCACUGAAGCCUAAAGCACUGCAAGAAGGUGAUCUGGAAAAAUUGUAAUGCUAUUGCACCUCCUUCAAUGGCAGUUCAGUGGCUGAAUCAUGGAAGGAUGCGAUCCUGAUCACAUCUCUUUGGCUAUGAAAUAUUUUUUCAAAUGAAAGAUAGAAGUCUUAUUGUUAUGCAAUAUAUAUGUACUUAUAUGUAAGUAAACUCUUACACUGUUAUAACGUGUGUACUGAAUCUCUGUCUGCUUUGGUCAAACCAAAGCACGGUUAAUAAACAAUGCAACGCUCGCGCGGAAGGCAAAGUGGGAGUCACGUUGAGCUGCACUUAGUCAACAGGGUUUCUUUAGGUUUACCAAAGUGCCCCUGACUGGGUCUGAGAUGACCACUGCUUUGACUGACCCGCCAUGAAGGAAAUAUAGAAGGGUCUUUAUAUUCUGUCGAUAAGUAUCACACUAGACCUACCUAAAUAGCUAGAAAAGUCAAAUGCUGAGUGUUCCCUAGCACAUUGAAGCAGUUGAUAAUGCUAAGUAAAGAUUGCGUAUAAAGGAGAGUGGUCAUAUUGACGUGCUAUAGGGGCAUAACCUGCUGUUACACUGGGUAUUGUUACAAAAAACACUGGGAGAAAAAGGGGAAAGCAUUUAAAACUCAGAUUCAAGGUUUUCUGUUGGAAUUUAGCCCCUUAAACUCCAGACUUCUUAUUCAGUUAUUAACAUUUCUGCAUAAAACAAUUUCUGAGAUGUAAAGUCAUUUAGUCAUUAAUAGUUUGUAUUUUAGAGAAACUUACCAAUUAGGGCUGAAAAAAAAGGCGAAAAAAAUCUAAUUGCGAUUUUUCAGACUAAUAUUGCAACUACGAUUUAAAUUGCAAUUAUUAAUUUUUAUUAAUUGAGACCAGAAUCUGCCUUUUCUGGCUUGAUGUUUGUGAAGUCACAACUCAGGCAGGUUUGUUGGUACCGACUGGUCUACUUUAGGCGGUUCACAAGCUCUGCUUUAAAAGAUAAAAUUUCCCACUUAAAACUUAAGACAACAUUUUUUGAUAAAGUACAGUACAAUUAUUGAAAACUGCACUGCAUUGCAUUGUGAUUUCAAUAUAAAAAUGAUUAAUCAUUCAGCCCUUUUACCAACUCUGAUACUAAACAGUGGUGGUGAUAGGAACCAGAGGUUGUGGCAUCUACAACCCAUAUAUAUAUAUAUAUAUAUACAUAUUAUUUACUAUUAAAAUGACCAGUAAACUUGUAGAACCUGUCUUCUAAAUAUAAUGUAGAUGAUGGUAAAUUAGUGCUAAAUCUGAAAAAAGACUUUUUGGGUACUAUUUUGCCUUAUAUUGUCCCAUAUUAUCUACUAUCAACAUUGCUGUGAACAAAUGAUUUACAUCUUAACAAUUAUGUUAUGCAGAAAGUUUGACAAAUUGCUGGAAUUCCCCUUUAAGACUUUUCAUUCAGUAACUAUUAUAAAUUCUUCAGUAACUACACUGAAACUAAUAUGUAGGUUAUGUAAUUAUGAGUGUGAGGAAAGUAAGUUGGGAAACACCUUCAACUCUGUGGAGUUUAAGGGGCUAAACUACAUUUCUCUUUAUUUGUACUGUUUGGUGGCACUAUGAUCCUUCAGAUCUACCUACACAUCUUUUCCACCGAAACCUGCCAGCUAACUAACACUAAUGUUCUUUGAGUGGUUCACCACAGACAGCUCCAACUCGAUUCUACCCACAGGAGCGUAUUUUUCUGAUUCCACACAGGAGUCAGUGUGUUGACCACUAUUGGACCAAAUACUCUCUCAACUAAAUCUAUGUAUGGAAAUGAUUCUUGUAAAUAUUUUUUAAUUGCCAUAUAUCCCAAAAUGUCAAUUCUAUAUCUCAAAAUGUCUACCUUUCCACUUUAUUUUGUCUGUGUUUGGUUAUUGUGUUUGGCACAGGUCACUUUAUAGAUGCAAACCGUUUAAGUCAUCAUUUAAAGCCACAAUCAGAAGCCAGUUUGCUUUCGCCAGGCGCAUAUGUUUCCAAUAGAACGUUGGAGAGUUCACCUUAUAGAUGCCUAAUUUCUCAAAUACUGUGAACCAAAAUAGGACUAGCAUUGAAUUGUGGCUGAUUGUGUAAUUGGCUGGUCAGACCUUUGUGAAUGUAAGGAGGAACUCCUGAUUCAUUCAGUAUUUUAGGAGGUUUUUAUUAUGAAAUCCUUUAAUAUGUAAACUGUGAGAAGUCGUUAACACCCUGCAUUUUGAUUAUUGCCAAACAGUAUCCCAAAUUUCAGAAUUUAUUUUUAGAGACAGUCUGCACAAUUGUGCAAAAUCAAAUUGCCUGUUUAGUUGCGACAAACCCUGAUUGGUCAGUUGCCCCUUACAGUAGCCAUAAGCUCCAUUUUCAAGCAAAGAUCAGAAAUAAACAAGGCCGUUGAAAUGGAUUGCCCCACAUAAUAGCCAUAAACACCACAAGAUUAUUUAUUGAAUGUAUAUAUUUGUACAUUGGGCUUGUAUGCUGCCAUGUUUAUGUUUCUCUCUAUCUCUUUCUAUGUGAGUUAUGCAUAUCCGCUCUAUUUUUAUAAACAACUGAGUAUAAAUAAUACAGAUUGCUUGGGGGGGGGGUUCUAAUUGCCUUUUGAAUUAGUUAAUUCAUCAUAUUAAUACACUAUGCACUGUAUAAAAAUGAUAUUUUAAUAAACAGAGUAUGUUACAUAUC